AUGCACGCCUUCACCCUCGUAGUCGCUACCCUGGGCCUCGCCUCUGCAUCCCCCAUCUCGCACCUCUUCUCCGCCCGUUCCCCCGCCCCCCGCGACAUCGUCGCCUCCGUAGACCGCUACGCCGGCGCCAGCUGCACGGGCAAAAUCUGCAACAUAGCCGGAUCUGGGGAUCUGGUAUCUGGCUGCAACGCCAUUACCGAUGAUUGCGUUGCGAGUCUCAAGUUGAACUAUGCUAACAAGGGGUGUUCUGUCAAGGUUUUUGCGGAUGACAAGUGUAAGCACGAGGCUGGGGCUGUGGGGUUGCAGACGGCGGGCGUGUGCAGUGCGCUUGCUGGUAGUACGCCGUUUAAGAGUAUUUAUGUUACGUGCUAG